UCAAAUAUUAAGGAAACCGACCUUAAAUGUUUCUGAAGAGCCGUUGGGUAUUACCUACUACUGUGGAGCAAUCAGUUUCAGUAUGGUGUCCGGUAUAUCGUGAGAUACCAAACUUAAUUGGGGGUCUAUAUGGUACAUCUGGAGAAAUGUUUCUAAAAUUCGUUCAGGAAGGCUAAGCUGAGGACAGCGGCUCUGUGCUAGCUUGGGGGAAUAGAAUAUUGUCUUUGAGCUGCAUCGGAAUGGCUACAUUAACUGUCAGCUCUCGCAGUUUAACUGUGUCUGCCGACGAUAAAAAUACGCAAAAUGAACCAAUUUUGGAUAAUGAAAUGGAACUCGAAGCGGAGGAAAACCACCCUUCAGACGAACAUUCCUCAACAACACAUGUGUAUAAGAGGCGAUGGAUCAUUAUUUUGUUAUACUGCCUCUACGCCAUGACAAAUUCGUAUCAAUGGAUUCAUCUCAAUAUCAUAGGAAACAUCGUCAUAAAGUAUUACAGAGAAAGUCUCCCGGACGAUAAAUUCCAGAGAGAGACAACGCUGGAUUGGUUGUCCAUGAUUUAUAUGAUAGUGUAUAUUCCGCUAGUGUUUCCAGGAACCUUCUUGUUGAAGAAAAAGGGAGUUAGGGUUUGUCUCGUGGCAGGUGCUUUCCUAAAUGCUCUGGGAGCGUGGUUAAAAGUCGCCUGUGUUUCUCCGGACCGAUUUCCGGUUCUAAUGUUCGCACAGACCGUUUGUGCAGUGGCACAAAUAUUUACUCUUGGACUUCCCGCUAAAAUCGCAGCGGUUUGGUUUGGGCCAAAUGAGGUUUCAACGGCUACGUCAAUAGGGAUAUUUGGAUUCCAGAUAGGCGUGGCAAUAGGAUUCUUGGUUCCACCAAUUGUUGUCCCAAACAGCGAAUCUCUUGAUGAUAUUGGCAGUCACCUCAAUAUCAUGUUUUAUGCAGGGGCUGGCUUUAUGACAUUCCUUUUCAUUCUUGUUGUUAUAAUAUUUAAAGAGAGACCACCCAAACCCCCAAGUCGUGCCCAGAUGUUAGCUACACAGAGGGUACAAGAGGAGCACUAUGGGAAAACACUCCGGAAUCUCUUCAAAAAUGUCGGGUUCGAUCUUCUUGUGGUAACAUUUGGUGUAAACACAGGGUGUUAUUAUGCUAUUUCUACCUUGCUGAAUCCAAUCGUCUUGGAAACUUUUCCCGGUCAUGAAAAAACUGCAGGACAAAUCGGUUUAACGAUUGUAUUGGCAGGAGUUGCUGGAUCCGUCGUCGCAGGAAUUUGGCUUGACAGAACCAGGACUUACAAAGGCACAACUCUUGGAAUUUACCUGUUCUCUUUGGCUGGAAUGUUGAUCUUCACUUUCACCCUAAGGCUUGAACUAAUAUGGGUUGUAUUCCUGUGUGCGGGAAUAUUUGGGUUCUUUAUGACUGGAUAUUUGCCCGUUUGUUUUGAAUUCGGCGCUGAAAUAACUUAUCCGGAAUCCGAAGGAAUAUCAUCUGCUUUACUUAAUGAGUCCGCAGAACUUUUUGGGAUCAUCUUUACCAUUGGAUGUCGAGCCAUGAUGAAUAAAGUUGGAACGUUUGGUUUGAAUCUUCUGAUAUCCGGCGCUCUCUUUUUAGGAUCAAUAUGUACAGGAUUUAUUAAAGCUGACUACAGACGGCAAAAUGCUGAAAAGAAGAUAUUACGACAGUUGGAUGAUGCCAUAGAAAUAAACGUGACAAAUACAGUGUCUGAGAAGACCCGGAUGACAGAAACAACUGAUUGAAACACAGCUAGAACAUCAGAUUUUUAUAAAGAAGUCGUACAUGUCAUAAACUUUCGCAUUCAAGGACGUGUGUACAUGUUCAGAAGUGAAACUUAAAACACCAUUCAAGUUUGCUUUUCUUUUUCAUUUUUGAAAUUAAAUGAUGUUGCUGUUUAAAGUGUUUUGAGACAUCUUCAUAUUGUGAGUUAAUUCCUAUCGGGAAAAAACACAACAAAAUCAAG